ACCACCACAUGAGGUCCGGAAGUCACAUGAUAGGUCUGGCUUUCCAAGGUAUGGAAAUUGAUAACGCUGAUGAGCCAUUGAUUUAAAUUCCAUCCACAUAUUUUAUACUAAUAAGCUACAGUGGUCACCAUUAAAAUAACCACAAGCACAUAGAAAUGUUCCCUGGUGGGAUCAGAUCUAUGAGCUAUAUAUCGUGGCAUACCAUCUCUAAGGGGUUAAAAGAGAUCAGGUAGAAAGAAAGCAUCCACUGCAUCACCUCCCUCAAACCAUCUCUAAGGUUUCCCUCUGCAAGAGUGGACAUGGUUGAAGGUCUCAAGCAAAGGUGUCAUGGAGUUUACUUACGUCGUGACGAAGAUGACGAAGAGCUAUUCGAUUCUGACCCCUUCUCCAGCAACUCCGAUGAUGAAGAUGAAACGCCUUCAACUCCAGAUCCUUCGUCGCUGUCACCCCACCUGAAUUCUGAUAGACCUCUGUAUGAGUUGCCUUCACUAAUGGAGCAGCUACCUAUCAAGAGAGGGCUGUCCAAGUACUACCAAGGCAAGUCGCAAUCGUAUACAUCGCUCUCUGUGGUUAACAGCAUUGAAGAUCUGCCCAAGAAAGAGACUGCUUACAGAAGGAAGAUGAAGGCAUGCAGGAGCUAUGCUGGCGGAAUGGAUUCAAGCCAUAAGUCUGCUCAUUCUCCUGGGCAUUGCAGCAAAACCAUAUCGAAGAAGGUUGUUCCCAGGGUUACUUCUUGUGCUUCUUUGAUGACCAAAAGCAGCAGCAGUUGCCUUCUUUGUAGCAGCAAACCACCUCGCAUUCCUGUACAUAAAAAUCCAUGUCCACAUUAAAAUCCUUCAGAUUAGAGCAAUUUUUGUGUUUUGUUUUCCGUGUCUCUUGCGGUUAUCGGGGUUACGUCUUGUACUUUGAUGACAAAAAAACAGCAGUAGUAGCCUUUUUUUUUUUUUGGAGCAAACCACCUCUAAUUCCUGUGCAUAAAAAUUCAUGUCCUCAUAAAAUCCCUUGCCAUUUAAUGUUUCAGUUCAGAGCAAUUUUGUGUUAUGUUUUCCA